UUCGGAACUUAAUUUUUUCUCUCUUUUUAAUAUUCUUUCACCUUCUUCCACAUAUCCCCAAAUUUCACAACUGUUUCUCUCUGGUUUAUAUCACAGCUAGUAGUUUGUUUACAAUUUCGAUUCGAAUUCAACACAGUAAGACAAAAUUCGCCGAAUUGUAGAGAGAGAAAGUCAAAAUGCUGCAGAACGAGUUUCAGAUUGGCGGCGAUGGUAUUCCGGUGAGCGAGGUUUACUGGUCUCUGGUGGCCAAGGCCGACAAGAAGUUCUCUAAGAUCCGCGAUUUGCCCUACUAUCAAAGAACCAGAUACGAUACAUACUUCUAUAAAGUAUUUAAAGUCUACACUCAGCUAUGGAAAUUCCAACAAGAAAAUCGACAGAAGCUGGUUGAAUCUGGGCUAAAGAGAUGGGAGAUAGGUGAAAUUGCCUCUCGAAUAGGACAGCUUUACUUCGGACAGUACAUGAGAACUAGUGAGGCAAAUUUCUUGUCGGAAUCUUACAUAUUCUACGAGGCAAUCUUGACGAGGGAGUAUUUCAAGGACGGGUUACAUCAGGAUGUGAAUCUUGCCAGCAAACAGUUGAGGUUUCUUGCUCGGUUUCUGACAGUUUGUUUGGUGUUGAACCGCCGAGAAAUGGUCUACCAGUUGGUUAAUCAGCUUAAAAUGUUGCUUGACGAAUGCAAAAGGACUUUUCAGGAAACCGACUUUAAAGAAUGGAAGCUCGUAAUUCAAGAAAUAGUGAUCCUAAAAGCCGACACAUCAUUUAUGAAUAUAAGGCCUUUAAGGUACAGCGUUGUAUUGGAACUUCAUCCAGAUAAUCUCCCACAAGUUCCCGAUGCCAAACGAAAGCUAAGACUAAGAGAUGCUUUACUGUGCAGUUACCAUCCAAACGAGGUAAAGUUUUCGGAGCUCACACUCGACACUUUUAGGAUGCUACAAACUUUAGAGUGGGAACCGAGCGGUUCGUUUUAUCAGUCGAGCGUGGGUCCCACUAUUGUAACUGGAUCUGGCGUUACUCAAAAUGGAGUGUCUGGACAUAGUCGAGUCAAUCAGGAUAUAACCGAUCCGACUUUGCCACCUAAUCCAAGAAAAGCCAUCUUGUUUCGCCCAUGUGUCACACAUUUCCUAGCUGUCUUGGGGACAGUGUCCGAGGAGCUUCCUUCCGAUGGAAUUCUCUUAAUAUACCUUUCAGCAG